GUGGUGACCCGGCCUUGGCUCCCUAUCUGGGGAGUAUCUCGAGACCUUAGUCUCCCAUGGGAGGAGGUACAAGUACCCCCUCAUCUUUGGGACCAAGUGUCCCCAGGCCUAGCCACAGUCCCCGUCCUCACGGGGCUCGUAGGGAGAAGCUAGGCCUCUGGUCUGCCAUCUGCCCCGCCCCAAAGGGGCUCGUGGGGAUGGCAGUCUUGUGAGCUGCAGGUGGUAGCAAGCUCAAACCUUGACAAAAAUAUGAUGGACAUAACGUAACAUUCAAAUUAUUCAACAAUAACUUCACUUCCAUAUAUGUGAAUGCUAUAAAAACAUACUAUAAAUAAUAUGAAGUUCACUUGUUAGACUGACAUUACUCACGAAUAAAAAUACCGCCAUAAAUGAAAAGCAUUUUACGCAAAUAUAAGGCACAUUAUCUUUAAAAAAUCUUAACUAUAAAAUCUAGCACAGCCUCACUUGAUCGCGUAAUGCUCACACUAUAAUUUCUUUUUCGUGAUGUGCCUUUGUUGCUAGUCUCACAACAUAACCAUAUAUUAUAGCUAAUGAUCGUAACAAUUCAGCCUAACACUCACAUUACCGGGAAUACCUAGAUCCCUCAAACUGUAUUCCCUGUAGCAGAGGCGAGAAGGAUACAUUAUAAUUUAUACCUGGAAAAUACUACACUUGUUCCAAAUCUACACACUGAGACAAGGCAGACGAUGCAAAAUACUCCAGAUAAGGAAUAUGAAUGCAAUAGGUUAACUAAGAUAUAAUUUAUUAAGUAUAAAUGACACAUAUGUAAUGAAAAUUACCAACAGACCCAAAAGAAUCUUUCAUGAGAAAACAUUAAAUUCUUUCAAACAGUUUCUAUGAUUAGUUGGUUAAUGGAUGUAGAGUCUAUCCAUUACAUGAGGUGUCACAAAAUAAUGGGUUCCAUUUGUGAAAUUAUGAGUAUGUAUCGUAGGGAGAGUAAUAGGAAGGGAUGUAGCUUAUGUACUCUAGAUUCCACAACAUCAGUUACUUGAGCGAGCAGUGGUGAGUCACCAUGUUACAAGCUUGUCUUGAGAUAAGAUAGUCUUUAUUUAAUCAGGAGAGUCUUUUAUCAGGAGUGUGUUAGAGAAUAAUAUUAUUAUCCAUUUUAAUAGUUGAAGGACUUGGGACAAAAACUAAUCAAUGUAUUUUUCAAUUGCUGGCCAUCAUAAGAUAGGGUUAAUGAAUGCCAACAUGUAAACAAGACAUAUCGAAAAAUAGUUUUACUUAUAUAUUUAUAGCCAUACAUAUAAAGUUUUUCAUAUUUAUAAAGCAUCCUGUGAGGUUUAGCCUCUUAGCGAUCCUCCAGGUCUUGACCCAGGUGUUGACUGAUGGACAUUACUGAUGUCUGAAAUUGCUUAUGGACGUGACUUCAAGCCAUGCAUUCUGCCACACAUUCAACGCCCCCUUCAUCUGCACCGCGAGCAUCAGCAGCAGUACAACCACACGCACCAUCAACAGUGCCGGUACCACCAUACGUAUCAUCGGCAGCGUCGGUACCACUACACGUAUCAUCGGAAGCACCGGUACCACCGCCAGCAGCGUCAGCAGUACCACCAUCGUUAGCAGCAGCGCCCCCUGGGCCAUCAUCCAUCACCCGCACAGUAGUCCACCUGAGAAAGGAUCGCGGGAAACCCUUCCAACCAGCAAAGUUCGGCAAAUGUCUGCUUGAAUACUUCGGCAUCCAUGACGACUUCGGGCGGGUGGAGUGUUAUAUAGAAGAUAACAUCGUGUACCUGCAACCAGCAGCCUCCUCCUCUCAGGGCAAGCCCCGGAACACGCACACUGACCAUCGUAAUAGCCAGCCCAUGGGUUUCAGGUUCCAGCAUCCACCCUUCUGCGUCGCCCACAAGAUCAAGCCCGAAGAGAAGGAGGCACUCCCGCCGGAGAUACUGGAGCGUGGUGUGGACGUCGGGGUCUGUAUCCUCUUGGAGGCUGCCGAGAGAUGCCUUCUCAUGACGCGUCGAGCGCAGCACAUGAGAACCUUUCCCGGGGUUUGGGUCCCUCCUGGGGGCCAUGUAGAGAAAGGUGAGACGCUGGAGGAGGCAGGUCUACGGGAGGUGAUGGAGGAAACUGGGCUACACGUGAUACUGAAGAAAGCAGAGGCGGAGAAUGAAAUAUCAGCACCAAAGGAAAAUCCACGGUCGUCGUUUAUGCUAGAGGAAGGGUGUCGGGUGUUAGGACUGUGGGAGUCCCUCUAUCCUCCUGUGCUCUACAUGGGACUACCCCAAAGACACCAUUUGGUUGUGUACCUUCACCUCAAGGCACCCCUCAUGACUUCAGACCUGCAGCGGAGACUCAAGCUUAAUAACGAAGAAGUGGAUGCAAGCCUGUGGCUGACACAGGAGAUGGCUGAGGUGGUGGUGUAUGGCUCCUCCAGACCCGCCUCCAGGGACAUCCCCAUCACUCUGGUUAACACCGGGGGAGAGCAUGCGCAGGGCAUCCUCAACCCCAAGGCACUCAGGAAGAAGAUGCCAGAGCCAGGCUUCGAGGUGGAGCGUCUCACCACAGGAACCAGGUAUGCGCUGAAGUUGUGGCUUCAGGAACUGUAUGUGAGGAAUGAAAAGAGAGGUGAGCAGGUAACCUGCUUCACCAUACAGGGCUCUAAGAGAGGUCGACCUCCCUCGCUACCCUCAGGUCGACUCCAGGGCAAGAAGAGCAACCCGCGACGCAUUUACACCUCUGAGGCCCCCACCACUACUACAGCACCGCUCACUAUCGAACCGCAUGUAGCCACGGCAGGCUGUGGUUCCUCUUAACCUGUAGCCAUUAGUCAUGGCAGGUUAGUGAUCCUUGUAGUCUCCGCCAGCUUAUAGCCACGGCAGUUUGUGGUCUUCACUAGCCACGGCAGCUUGUGAUCUCCGCCAGCCUUUAGCCACGGCAGCUUGUGGUCUCUACAAGCUAGUAGCCACGGCAGCUUAUGGUCUCUGCAAGCUUGUAGCCACGGUAGCGUGUGGUCUUUGCAAGCUUGUAACCACGGUAGCGCGUGGUCUUUGCAAGCUUGUAACCACGGUAGCGUGUGGUCUUUGCAAGCUUGUAGCCACGGCAGCUUGUGGUCUCCACAAGCUUAUAGCGACGGCAGGAGACAGAUAAAGCAAGUACCUAUAAAGCCUAUGAAGGAAUUCAACAAGAAGAGGCUACAACAAACAAUAACUUCUAGUGUACAAAAUGCAGUUCAAAGGACUCCAUUCCGAACCACUAAAACUUUUAAUUCUCUAUAUUUUUUUUUUACGUUUUGUUAUAUAUGAAAGUGCAAUUUUAAUGUA